AUGAAAUUGUGCGAGGACUUGAACAUGUUGGUCGGAAAUCGCUACAAACUCAUAAGGAAAAUAGGAAGUGGGUCAUUUGGACUAAUCUACUUGGCAAUUAACAUAAUAAGCGGGGAUGAAGUGGCAGUCAAGUUGGAGAGCAUUUCCACAGCCCACCCACAGUUGGACAUGGAAUACCGAAUGUAUAAGAUCUUGGGAGAAGAGUUGGGAAUCCCUGGAAUGAGAGGAUUUCUAAUCCAAAAAGGGUAUAACAUAAUGGUGAUGGAUUUGCUUGGACCUUCAAUAGAGGAGUUGCUAAACUACUGUUCCCGGAGACUGAGUUUAAAGUCAGUCUUAAUGCUGAGCGAACAGUUCAUAAGUCGAAUUGAGUUCAUUCAUUCAAAGAAAGUCAUCCACAGAGAUAUUAAACCGGACAACUUUGUGAUGGGAAGUGGACGGAACAUCAGUCAGGUGUACAUCAUUGACUUUGGUCUGUCCAAAAAGUACAUGAAUACUGUGGGCGUACAUAUCCCGUAUCGAGACAACAAGAACUUAACGGGGACUGCUAGAUAUGCUAGCAUCAAUGCUCAUAUGGGGAUAGAACAAAGUAGAAGGGACGACCUCGAGUCACUCGCCUACAUUCUCAUUUACUUGGCUAAGGGACAUCUGCCUUGGCAAGGACUCAGUGCACAGAAUAAAAAACAGAAAUAUCAACGAAUUUCUGAAAAGAAAAUAUCAACUUCAGUCGAAACCCUUUGCCAGGGUCUUCCGAGUGAGUUUGCAGUGUUUCUCAACUACUGUCGUUCUCUUCGAUUUGACGAAACUCCGGACUAUUACUACAUUCAUCAACUCUUUAGAGUUCUUUUUGUCAAUAGAGGCUACAACAAUGAUGCAAGAUAUGACUGGAACAUACUUAAAGCAAGAAAGAAUCAGAUUUGA